AUGGUUGGGAGGCACGAUUCCCUCAACAGCCUUGGACCAAGAGUUGGGUUCAAAUUUGGGGGGAGUGAUGGUCAAUUCGGUGCUAAGAAAGCCAAAGACGACACAGCUCAAGGGAUCCAGAUGACUGUUGGACCUGAUGGUGUUGUGAACCUUGUGCCGCCUGUUGCUUUGCCGAAUGGCGGUCUCGAGGCUUUGGACGGAAGCUCGAAUGGGCGGUAUGAUGGUUCCCAAAGCGCACGAAAAGGACAGCGGCCGAAUGACCAAGGAGUAUGCAGCGAUGGUCAAUACCCUACUCGCCCGCAAUCAAACGGCCAGCCGCCCGCGUCCGCAACUGACCGGCUACAACUCACCUUUGUGACCGUCAACGUCCAAUCCACAGCCGCCCGGGCGUCGGCCGAGACGGAAACGCAGUUGCCCAGUGUAGUCACGACAACUGUCACUGUUACUGGAGGUGCAAAUCUACCGCUCCAAGCCCAGAAAUCUCAAAACUCUUCUUUCGUUGUGAGUAGUGAAACUGCCCUUCCGAAAACGACUCGCGGUUUGACUGGUCCGCCAUUUUCACCGGUCAAGCUGAAUACGGGUUCGUCUUUGCCUCCCAUGUCAGCUCCGGCUGCCACCGCCAAGUGGUCCCAGCCAGCCGCACCAGAGCCUGAGGCACAAUUGAGGAACGGCGCGUUGUUGUCGUCAAAAACAGCAUCGUCGAUCCGCAACGCCUCUACCGCACGCUCUUCUGGUUCUUCCAACAUGGAAGGGCAAGCUUCGCAUUCUGCUGUGGCUCCUGCUGCAACAACGCUUGCUGAAGCAGUCGCCCCGGUGCAACCAAUUGUCAAUCUGUCCGGGCUCACUCUCAAGAGUGUAAUCGACCUUGGAAACCUAGCGGAGCAAACAGAGAAAGCUUCGGCUACCACUUCUGUCCUCCUCUAG